AUGGACAGUGCACUGAAAGCUUUCCCAGGACUGAUGUUUGAUCAGUCUUACCAGCAAUCUCUUGAUCUCGAUGUCAAAGAACCACAACCUGAGAACUUUAACAUUCUUGCAAUCUAUAAGAAGGAUGGCGAAAAAUUAGACCAAAUUGAAGCUUCAAUCGCGCUCGUACGAACAUUGUGUGGCCUAGCAUUCAAAGAUUGGAAUGAAGCGUUCUGGAAGUUCAAAUAUUCCGAUCUUGACCCCACAACACCGCUUGAUAUUCUAUUCACUAGCACUCGGCGUGAAAGUCAUCCGACAUUGCAGACAAAGACAAUGAUGUGGCCCUUACGAAUACUCUCACACUACCUGAACCAAUAUGGAUAUGCUGAGGUUGGCUUUUCCAUAAAAUUUCUAGGUAUGCCGGAUCUAGGCUAUGGACAACUGAUCAGGUCGAAGCCGAGCCCACCAAAGAUACCACAAGCAGUAACAAAUGAUACUAACGCCACUCUCAUAUUUGAAAACAUGGUGCCCGUAGGUGACUCGAUCACAGUAACAUCUUUCACCAUUGAUCAAAGCAGCGCGAUCUAUACGCCAUACAACAUCUACAGCCUCCUCAUGAACGUCAUGGUAUUAAUGGCGGAACAAGGCUCAACUAGCCAGAAUUUUGGCUUUUCAGCCUAUAAUGUCGAGGCUGAUUUAAGCUUGCAAUGGAGGCCUCAAAACGAAGCAGUACUACCGAAAUUCACGAAUCGAGCCAUCAUACUUGCCACUCACUCUGUUGCCAAACUCCUGCCUGCUUAUCAGGAUAAGGACUUGAAUUGGCGAGAGUGUAGAUGGGAUAUCAAAAGCGAUGGCAGGACUAUUGGAGAGGGGCGAUUGCUUAAGGGUAGGGUCGAACAUCCCAACAAUAUUACGGUGCCCGAAGCCGCAGGGACAGCUCCUAUUCAAUCUUUAAAUUCAUUGCCGUCAGCAGCAAUGUGA